GGGGAUACGAGGUGAUACAGUUUCGCUGUGACGCAGGUCAAACCUUGCCACUGGGACCGUAUGGGUGCCACGCAGGCGCACUUGGGCAGACAGCAGAGCUGGUCGACAGGUAUCUGAGUGGACCGACUGUAGCAACGCAACUAGCACAGACCGGACAGGCUCGGAACACCGCAUCAAAUAGAGGCUCUUCACACGAGACAUUUUAAUAUGUGAGAGAAGUGCCAUACCUGGUGGAGAGAGGCUGUACAGCACACGUGUGGCAUAGUGCGUGUCAUACGUUACAUCGUGAUACGUCACAAUGUACAGCGUCAGAGGGGUUGAUGGCGGUGAAUGUAUUCUCCAUCUCUUCGGCUCUGGAGAACCUGAGUCGUCAUGAGAUGCUGUCCUGGGUCAACGACUCUCUACGGCUCACCUACACCAAGAUAGAACAACUGUGUUCAGGUGCAGUGUAUUGUCAGUUCAUGGACAUGUUGUUCCCUGGCUGUGUCCUGCUGAAGAAGGUGAAGUUCGCAGCCCGGCUGGAACAUGAGUUCAUCAACAACUUCAAGGUCCUACAGGCCUCCUUCAAGAGAAUGGGCGUAGACAAGAUCAUCCCAGUAGAGAGGCUGGUGAAGGGGAGGUUUCAGGAUAACUUUGAGUUCAUCCAAUGGUUUAAGAAGUUUUUUGAUGCCAACUACGAUGGGAAGGAGUAUGACCCUGUGGCCACACGCCAGGGGCAGGAGGGCGCCCCCUCACCCAACCCAGGCCCCCAGAGGACAUCUCCCACAGUGACCAAGACAGCCCCCUCCAGGCAGAUAAACUCUGCCUCCAUCCGCAGGGCGAUGCCCACUAGAGCAACCAGACCAUCAGACGCUGAGAUCCUAGAACUGAACCAGCAGAUGUUGGAUCUGAAGCUGACGGUGGAUGGUCUGGAGAAAGAGAGAGAUUUCUACUUCAGUAAGCUGAGAGACAUCGAGUUGAUCUGUCAGGAGAAUGAGACCAACGCCAGCCCAACACUCUCCAAGAUCAUGGAUAUACUGUACGCUACUGAGGGCGAGGUUGAGAAAGAGAAUACCUUCUCAGACAACUUACCUGAUCACUAAAGGAUGGCUUCAUGGCGCCAGAGUACGACAAGGUGGAGGAGGCGCCACAGGGAGACCAAGAAGAAUACUAAACACACCUCCUUUCUCUGCACCACUCCACGCCUCCUUUCUCUGCACCACUCCACGCCUCCUUUCUCUGCACCACUCCACGCCUCCUUUCUCUGCACCACUCCACGCC